AGGAGUGAAAAGGUAUCCAUAUCAAAUAAAUCUCUUGUAAGGCAUUUGGUGCGCUUGGUGUUUAUUUCCCCCUUAUUAAAAACAAUUGUAUCACUAUGGCAACACGAGUCCAACAACCGUGAGGUCACAGGCAGACGUCUGCACUCCGCACCUGUCAAACUAGGUGUAUAAGUAAUCGUCUAAUUUCCCAAAUGGCUGCGUAGAUCCUUUAGUUGACAUUCAGGCAGCAGGUAUUAUUCUCAUGUUGACUGCAUCAUCUGAAGAUUUUAGUAAACAUGGCUUCACUUCCCAGAAGAUAACACACCAGCACAUGACCUUAAUCCGUUUCCUGUCAUGGCCUCUGAUGGUUCACAAUCCCAAGAUCCACAGAAGAAGAAAAAGAAGACAAGCAAAAAGGGGAAGGGUGAGGAUGUAAAGGACACAGAGGUCCAGGUGGAGGUUCAAGUAGAGAGACUUACAGCAUGUGGACAUAAUGCUCUACAGCAGGGAGACAGAUUGAAGGCUCUUGAAUACUUCAAAAAGGCUUUCAAAGCUGCUGUAACUCUCAACAAGAAUAAAGUACAACGGGCUUGUGCUUUUAACCUUGGAGCAGCGUAUGUGGAGGCAGGUAAGCCCCAGAAAGGCCUUGAUUUUCUGUCUCAGGCUGAGACAGGUGAGAGAGGCGAGCGUGUGGCAGAUCUGCAGUUUAAUCUAGCAGCAGCACAUGAGGCUCUGGAUGACCAUAUACAAGCUGUCAGGCAUUACCAACAAGCUGCACACCUUUAUCGCUCACAAGGGGAUGGGAGCAGUGAAGGGGACACCUGCAUCAGACUGGCCCACUGUCACCUGCGCAGGAAGGAGUGGAAUGAUGCGACAGAGAAUUACCUGCGUGCUGCAGAAAGUUAUAAGGUGGCAGGGAAGAUGGACUCUGCUGCUGUGGCCCUAAAGGAUGCUGGGAAUCACAUGUUGAAAUGUGACUGCUUCUCAGCAGAUGAUGUCAUUAGUGUCCUCACUGAGUGUUUGGAGCUGAGUGCCAAAAUCACAGAACCGGAGACACUAGGUAAGCUGUAUAACUCAGUGGGGUUGAGUUUCUCGCAGCUGAAGCUCUUUCCUGAAGCUUCCGAAUGCUAUGAGCUGGCUCUGCCUCUGGUCCGCUCAACUCCACGCAGGCUAGCUGUGGUCAUGCAGAAUCUGGGCGCGGUCCACAAUUCCCUGGCACAGUACAGGAAAGCACUGGAAUACCACAGGGAAGCAGCUGCACUGCACGGGUCGUUGGGUAGCCGGAGGGCUCAGGGCUGCUGUUUCUGUAACCUGGCUUAUGCACUCAGCGAACUGGGGGAACUGGAGGAGGCAGGAGAGAGCUACUUGCAUGCUCAACAGGCUUUCAAAGACAGUGAUGAUUCCUCAGGGCACUGGCAAGCAUGUGAAGGUCUGGGCGGAAUCAAAUUGAGACUGAGAGACCCAGACAAAGCCAUUCUCUACUAUAAGCAGGCUCUAGUCCUACUCUCCAAGUGCAAGGAUGUCUCUAGCUCUGUGCAGGAAAGCCUUGUCAACAAGCUAAGUGAGGCUUUACAGUUGAAACUGGCCAUUCAGCAGAGAGUCCCCCCUGUAAGGCAAACUAUCAAGGAGAGAAACAGGCAACACCUGCGAAUAGCACAGAGGAGGAACACUGAGGAAAUGAUGGCUGAGCAGAGAAGAAAAGAGCCACUGAACAGUCACAGGGUUGAGGAAAAAGAAAGCAGACCUACAGAAACAAGUUCACAGAGGAAACCUCCUGGUGACAUGAUAUCAUCAAGAGCAACACAAACAGUUCGUCCUGAUUAUGUGAAUGCACUACCAGAAGCCAAUAGGAAUCUGAAUAACACAUAUGAGAAACCUUGUCUUGAAUAUAAUAAUCCCACAGACUCCCACUUAGGAGAUUUCAUCUCACAACAGGAUGAAGCCACGUGUGAAACCUCCAGACAAAACCAACUAGAAAUAUCCAGUGCAUCCCCAGAGGAGGAGAGCACUGAGGCCUUACCUUCAGCACAUCUUCCCAAUGAGGAGUCUACAUCCAUAAACAGAACUGUAAAAUCCAGAUUCUGCACAGUCAUGUGACCACCGGCAGGUCAUAUCUGUCUUUCCGCUGCCAGGGAAAGACAGCCUUUUCUGCUGCCACAUGUCCUGUUAGAAAUAUUGAUUAAAUCUACUGAUGCCAUAUGAAAAUCUAAUCCUGAAACAAUAAUCUUAAAUGAUCUGCUGAUUGCUCUUCUCAUAUACACUAUGCAUCCAUUUUCUUCCUCACUUAUCUGCCUCAAAUCAGGAGGCAUAAUAUGAAGACAGACAGUAAUAUGGAACUCGAAAUACUAUCACUGGAUUACUGAAUGCAGCACUGCCUCCAAGACAGAUAUUGAUAUUUUGUGAUAUUCUAUUUAUCAUAGUUUGCUGAAGUCAGAGUUUAUGUGCCAGCUCUAAAACAAAGCAGUCUUAUGGUAUAGGAAGAUACUAAAAGAUUCUAAAUUACCUAUACUGUAAACAUUAUACUAUAUACAUACUGAUAAUUUGGGCAAUCUACAAAUCUUUUCAAACCAAGGCCUAUUUUUGAGCCUCUACGCUUGAAAAAGACAUAUUCUCAACUUAAAAGGAGUAUAUCUCAAAAACUACAAGGUGUAUUUGAAUAAAUAAAGUGAAUGAAGUGUGAGAAGUGUUAGAAGAAGUAUAUAUUAUCAGGUCAGAGUAAGAGAAGAUGGAACACAGCAAAAAAUAAAUAAAAAAUAAUUCUGCCUGACCAAAA